AAAGAAAUGCUAGAACACAUACAAGGUUUCAAGAAGGAGCAGUUCAGACUUGAGGUUGCUUCCACUGGCAAUCUAAUCCUCAGUGGGGAAAGGAUGGUGAAUGAGAGCAAAGCUGUAUACGUCAGUCAGACGUAUAAACUGCCAGAGGAUUCAGAUGCUGAACAGAUCACUGGAAAAUAUGAUGCGUUGUAUCUCAACAUAACAGUCCCAAAGCUGGCUAGGCAAGAAGAAAAAGAAGACGAGAAAGAGCAUACUGAAAAUGUCAGCAGCAUAACACCAGAGAAUAAUGCAGAAGAACCAGCUAGAAACUCUGAAAAUCUAGGCAGACAUGAUGAUGGAGGAUACGAUUGCAGACGUCACAGUAACAAUGAAAAGAAAGUAGAUCCGAGCAAAAAAACCGGCCGUGUAGAUAGUUUCUCUGAAGAGUUCAUAAGACAACUCGAGGCUGGGCCAAGGGGGUGGGCAAUAGAUUUGCUUGGGAUUGUUCUUGUACUUGGUGUAGCAUUUGCUCUGGGAGUGCUUGCGUCUCAAAGGUCUGAAUCAAAGUAAAGGGCCAAUUUGCAACGAUAAACAUGAUCUGUGCUCCUUUAAUGUACAAAUAUACACUUGAGUAUCAA